UGGAGGACGACCCAGAAGGUAAUAACCAUGUGUUUUAUCGCCCUGGAGGACGACCCAGAAGGUAAUAACCAUGUGUUUUAUUGCCCUGGAGGACGACCCAGAAGGUAAUAACCAUGUGUUUUAUUGCCCUGGAGGACGACCCAGAAGGUAAUAACCAUGUGUUUUAUUGCCCUGGAGGACGACCCAGAAGGUAAUAACCAUGUGUUUUAUUGCCCUGGAGGACGACCCAGAAGGGGGUAUACCGGAGCUGUUUGACGCCUUCAUCUGCUACUGUCAGAGUGACUUUGACUUUGUCCAUGAGAUGAUCCAGCAGUUAGAGCAGACGGACCACAAGUUGAAGCUGUGUGUGUUUGACCGGGACGUCCUGCCUGGAUCGUGUGUCUGGACCAUCACCAGCGAACUCAUCGAGAAGAGGUGUAAAAGGAUGGUGGUGGUGAUAUCUGAUGAGUACCUGGACAGUGAUGCCUGUGACUUCCAGACAAAGUUUGCCCUCAGUCUCUGUCCUGGUGCCCGGAGCAAGCGACUGAUCCCUGUGAAAUAUAGGUCUAUGAAGAAACCUUUCCCCAGUAUCCUGAGGUUCCUGACGGUGUGUGACUACACACGACCCUGUACACAGUCCUGGUUCUGGGUCCGCCUCGCCAGGGCCCUCUCCCUGCCCUGAUUGGUUCAUACAGACUUACAGCAACCAAUCAUCACAGAGGGCCUGCCCCUCUACAGCAUGAACAGGAAGAGCACAUGUCAGAUCGGUGGUACUGAUCACCACAGUUUAGUUGACAUAUUUUUAUAUUGAUUCCUAUUUUAUAUUCAUUCAUUUCUUAGUUAGAACAGUUUGUGUAUUGUAUAUACUACUUUGAACACAUAUAGAUGAGACUUGUAGCAGUUUUUUGAAACCACAGGUGGGGUUCCUGGGGUACUUCCCUCCUGUUGUUCUCAUCACUGAUAUAUUGAUUCGGGUUUAAUAUGAGAUUUCAUUCCAUCGAAAACGUUUUAUAUGUUUUUAUUAAUAUGAGAUUUCAUUCUGAGCCCCAUCGCUCAUUUGGACCAAAUAUCAACCUGAAUGAAUAAAUGCUGGUGUUUUUUUUAUAUAUUGCAAUUUUUCACCUGUUAAGAAUAUUGUAUAGAUCAGAUGUCUGCUUGGUUGAUAACACAUUUUACAAUUAUUUAGCUAUUUGUUUAUCUGACGGGUCAGCUCUUUAGUUUCCAUAUCCUCCUUCCUCCUGUCUUGUCGGCCAUGUUGUCUCCUCAGAUGAGAGAUUGAUCACCCUGUGACUUCCUCCUGUCUUGUCGGCCAUGUUGUCUCCUCAGAUGAGAGAUUGAUCACCCUGUGACUUCCUCCUGUCUUGUCGGCCAUGUUGUCUCCUCAGAUGAGAGAUUGAUCACCCUGUGACUUCCUCCUGUCUUGUUGGCCUGUUUCAGUACAGAGCAGAGAGUCUGACUGACACCUGGUACAUUCACCAUACUUUAUAAAGCUGUAUAAAUCUACCGAUACUGUAAAAAAAAUGUUAAGAAAUGGGAGAAGGACAGCAAGUGAUAAGGGACUUUGUCAGUGAUGUAACUGGACAUUUCCAAAAGCAUCAUGUGACUGUUUCUAUGGUAACUACUGGAUGUACAUUUUGUGUUUCUCCAUUUCAUCUGCUCUGUUUUUCAAUUAAAAAAACCAUCUUUAUUAA